GCUUAAUAAGUGCUAAAAUGGACAGGAGCACUAUAUAAACCCCCUCUGAGUUUUCUGUGUCUCAUCACACUUUGCUUUUAUCCUUCCCUUGUCCUUUAAGCAGAUUUUAAUUGCUGGAAUUUCACUGAUUUAGCCUCAGGAGUUCAUAAUUUACUGGCUAACUAUCAUCAGAAGAAAUCUGCUGUGUCCUUUUUAAAAUCUUCUUUCAUUUCUCAAAAUAUGAGCGAACAGGUCAAAGCAGACACAUCGUGUGGGGAGUACAGCAGGGGUGCCCCUUGGUACCCCUUGAGAAAGUGGUGGCAUUUGAGCCAGCUUUUCAGUCAGGAUGCUGGCCUGCCAUCUUUCCUGGAGUCAGGGGAUGCUCGCUGGAUGGAUGUGGACUGGUUGCAGAGGAGUUUGGCAGCCUGCUCCUGGCCAGGGUACAUACCCGCUCCGCUGUUUGUGCCCUACAUCUCUGGGUCGAUGCAUCAUCCAAGCCAGACGAUUAGUAAGUGGAGGGUCAUCAUGGAUGUGGCUCACUUCACCCCCUCAGAGAUUUCUCUCAGCAUCAGAGAUGGAUUCCUGGAAGUCAGAGGGAAGCACGAGGAGAGGCCAGACGAGCAUGGAUUCAUUGCCAGAUGUUUUACAAGGAAGUACAGGCUCCCAGUGGAGAUGGAUGCUACCAAAAUCUCAUCCACAUUUUCUGUGGAUGGUUUUCUGAACGUGGAAGCUCCAGUUCCCGAAACUUCUGUCCCUGCUACAAUCCCCAUUCCCAUAAAGGUGAUAGUAGAGGAUAAUGGAGAACCGGAGGUAAAAGAUGAGAAAGAAGAAGAGAGCGGGAGAGCACCAGACCACCCAGAGUUUGCUUCCUCAGAGGAUCACGGGGAAGGCUGUUCAUUAGAAGUCCAUAGAGAUCAGGCCCAACCUGAAGGUGCCACAGUCGGGCUUCAGCAGCAUGAUGAGAGGAUGAAAACAGAAGAGGAGACCCAUGAAAAGCCAGCUGGAGAUUCCCCCUCCUCAGUGCCUGAAGGUGACGAAAGCACAGACGGCCUUCAAGAUUCUUCUACAAAGCCAGAAACAGUGGAAAGCCAAGAAGGCCCAGACACAGACACAUCUAGCAUAACUCAGCCUGGGGAACAGGUCCAGAGCCAGCAAUUGGAAGCAGCAAAUAUACAGCAAGAGAUCACUGAAUAAAAACAAUAUAAUGGUGAUAAAGUAAUGAAACAGCCAGCACUGCUUGCCUUGCUUAGUCUCACAGAUGCAUUGUAGUCAUUAGAUAUAACAGCCUCGCUAUGGGUGGAGCUCCAAUAAAGCACUAGCAUGUGAAAACAAUAAA